AUGUUAAAAGAUAAAGUUAGAAUGGAAUUAUAAAUAGAAAUCUUUCUGUAGAUAAUUAUCAAUUAGAAUAAUUUUCAUCUACGAUCUAUAAAGAUUUAAUAUAUAGAAAAGAUCUUGAAAAAAAAGUACUUGGAUAAUUUAAAAAAAUAAAAGAGAAAGAAUUUAAAAUAUAUAAUCAUGAAGUUGAAUAGUUGA